UCCUGUCCUUCGCACCCAAAACCCCUCCUGAAGCAGAUGGGGAGAAAACAGGAUACGGCCCAAGGCCUCUGUCCCCAGAAAUCUUUACAGUGCAAGAAGAUACUAAGUCAUAGGAAGUCAGUGUGUGGCAGAGAAGUCAGGGACACAUGAUUCCCUAAAGCACGGAAGUAUCAGAAGCAGGAGCUGUAGCAGGGGUAAUGAUUGUAUGCGACGCAGUGGAGAAUACGGAAGCAAAAAUCCUCACACUAACUACUCUGAGGGCUUUGUCAAUGACUUGCUCUGAAACAGCUGGAAGCAGUGAUUGUUUAGAACUAUCAGGAACUGAAGAAAAGAAAACACCAAAAGAUGAAAAAAAGAAAACACUGAAGGAUGAAAAAAAGAAAAAGAAGAAAAAAGGACAGCAUAACUUCUCCCAAAAUGCUUCCUGCCUUAAAAAUCAGGUAUCAGUGUCAGGUCCAAGCCAAGACAUCCUAGGAAGGGGAGUGCCAGAGCUGGACAGGAGCUGCAGAGACCAGGAAGGCUGUUCUGGCUGUCCCCAGCAGGGAAGCGGAAAGAUAGGAGUAAGUGCUGCUGCAGGAAGAACCUUUCCCCCAAAAGAAGCCACUGUCCCACUCACCUCUGUCUUCCUAGGGGGAAAUAAAUUGCCAGCUAAGAAGAAACCACAUCAGAAUCCUUCAUUUUUAAGCCUGCAGAAUAAUAUGAUUUCCCAGAAAAAAAAUACAGUGGCUCAGCGAAUAUUAUCAGCAAGACUUCACAAAAUUAAAGAGCUGAAGAAUGAAAUAUUUGAUUUACAACAGAAAUUAAGAGCAUCAAACUUAGAAAACCAGGUGUUGAAACAGCUUCAGUGGCGGCACUUGAAGGCCAUAGGUGGAUAUGAAAAUUCAGAAAGCGUUUUGCCCGAUCUUUUAGCAAGGCAUUACAGUGAGGUGAGAGCUUUAAGGAAACAUCUGAGGAUGUCUCAGAAGGAAGAAAGAAGCACAUCCAUGAAGCUUAGAAAAGUUGAAGCAGAGCUGCUAAAAACUAAAGAUGCUUUGCAGGCCUUGCAUAUGCUUUCAGAAGAUGAGGCUCUUGCAGAAAGAGAGGAACUUUAUCACAGAUUAUCAGACCUUACAGAAAAAAUGGAUGAGAAUAAUAAGAGAAUACAGAGCCUAGAAAAGCAGCUGAAGUUGAACAAUAGCACCUUUAGUCGUCAGCUGGCAGAGGAGACUAAAAAAGCUGUUGAAGCUGGGAUAAUUACAAAGAACUUGCAAAUGGAAAUUAGCACUCUUCACCAAAAAAUUAAGGAAAAGGAUCGGCAACUUUAUGUAAAAAAUAUCUAUGCAAAUCGGAUGCCUAAAAUCCCAAAGGACAGAGGUGAUUCAGUACCUCAUGAAAAGCGUCUCAGCAGAAACAUAUCAGUGCAAGUAGAUAAACAGAGUUUUAGAUCACUGCUGCUGCCACAGCACCAAACCCAGGAAACAGAAAAAAGUCAAAUUCUGCUAUCGGAGGUGAAAAAGCCUUCAGAAGAUAAGAACCAAAAAGCUAAAGCAAAUGAAGCUUACACAGAUGCCCAACAGAAAACCAAGAAGCAAUCAGCCAAGAAAAUACCAAAGCCAGAACCAUUCAAUAGAAUGCAUAGAGAAUAUUUAGAGGAAGACAAACCACUGACAGAGGAACACACUUGUCUGGAAUUUAUGAAACAAGAAGAAAGAAAGAGAGACUUCCUUAAAGAGGAACUGAAAAAGACGAUAAAAACUGAACGAACUCCUCUAACUGACAGUGUAAAAGAGAACAGUCAAGAGCAAGAUGCAGUGGAAGAAUAUGAAAAAGAAAAAAAGCUAGAUGAACAACUAAGUAACAGUGGGAAGGCAGGGAGUAAAUUUGUAACUCCAGGUCCAAAAAACAAAUCACCCACUAGGCUGAAAAAACAAUACAUGUUCUCAGAAGCUACUGAAAAUUUGCACCAUGGGAUUCCUGCAUCAGGUACAAAACCCAGGAAGUGCAGUCACUGCAACCACAGACAUGCACGUCAGGACUGCAGUGAAGGAGUUGAAUCCAAAGUGAAAAAUUCGUUUGAGCUGUAUGAACCAUCUUUUGGUAAAGCCACAAAAACAAGGCAGAGGGACAGUUCAGCUGAAGCAGAAGGCUGUGCUUACAAGACAUUCACUGAGAGGAAAAAGAGUCUUAUGAAAGAGCUCUUUGGGCCAAGCUGUGUUUGAAAAGACAACCAUUCAAGUUCAAGCAUGAGAGGAGUGGAGAGAAAGCAGUGAAGGGAUGCAUGACUACACAAGCCAAAUUUUAAACCACCAACACUACUUUACAAUGUAGUGUCUAACACCAAUGAAAUCAUUGUGAAUAACCUCAUAAGAAUACACAAAUAAUUAUUUUGAUAUUCAGUAAGUAUAUCAACUUAUCUUUCCUUUUAAAAUAUACAGCACUUUAAAUCUUUUAAACCUAAUGAAACAAUAUUUCUAACAUCAUAAAACACAUAUGAAAUCUUAUAACUUUUUAGAAUUUAUUUCAAUGAUUCUUCCAAAAUGACAGGCAAAUCAGUUGUCACAGCAGAACAUUAUUCUGGUUUUUGUGCAUGUGUGUGCACUUUAGCAACUAGGAGUGCCUUACCAAAUAUGACAUGUUUACCUGUUAUCAAGAGGUGUCCAAGUAGGUCCCUUCUGGGAAAUUUCACUUUUGUGUGUGUGUUUUCUCUGAGUUUUGAAGUUGACUAUUUGUUAGCUAGCUGCAGCAAGCAGUCUGCUUUUGGAAGGUUCUUUAUUGGGUUAGUACCAACAGCGCACUAAAAGAAAAUAUUUUUUUAUUUUCUUCACUCCUGAACUAGCUUCCAGAAUUCACACAUAAUAAUUUGCUAUUACAUUGUUUUCACUAGCAUUAUGAAGCUCUAAAGCUUCAUUCUUUUCCACUGUUCAAACUUAUCAAAGCAGUUUGCCUGGUAACUUCCACAGCUGACAUCCACAGAUGAAUGUGCAAGAGUAAAGUAUUGUUUUGGAGAAGUCAGGCAUAUCCAAUUCUCAAAAAGCCUUUAAAAAUCUUGUGUUCAAGGUUAUGUAAGUGAGGGUAGGAGGAUUAUGUCUUGUUCCUCAUAGUAACUCACGAGAUGUUUGCUAAAAUGUAAGCUAGGAAAAAAAUGUGUAUUUUUUUUUACUGAAUUUUACAUAAAGGAAAAAAAAUACACCACAAAAGCUUUUAAAGGCUAUUAAGAUAUUUUGAUCCGAACCUACUUGAAGCAUACUUUUCUUCAAUUUUGAAGUUUUUCAAGUAGUACUUCAGCUGUGCAGUGGACAGAUUUAAAAAAUGAUUUAAAAAGAGAAACGCUCUUCUGACUGCAUUAUGUACUAUUAACACUUCCAUAACGCCUUUCUUGCUGCCACCAAAGUCAAGAGUAAACAAGCACAGCAACAAUCCUGUUUAUAUUGUCUAAAUCACAAAAAGCCUCUCUGCCUUUACUCAAAUGUUUGACUAGAGCUGCCACCAAACUGCGUAUUUGAUUACCUCAUGCUAAGUGUGGAUACAGAGCAAACACCAUUCAGAAGAUUUUAAAGGAUACUGCUUUUCUUGACUUCACUGUGUUAAACUCUCUAACAAGCUAAGUGGAAAUAUCAUUACUCACAUCCUUAGAGUCAGAAAUACGUCAAUGUCACAGUUAGAAAAAUCUGUUCUGAAUACUUUAAAAAAAAAAAUAUCUGUGGAUUCCAACAGCACCUCCUUAGGCAAAAACAUAGGUGGGUUGUAUUUGUGUUUCGUUUUGUUUAGGAAAACUGUAACAUUAAAAAAGCAUUGAUUAGAAAACCUGAGAUGGACUGAGCAGCUUUAUUUCAUAAAUAAACACACCAUUAUACAUAACAGACUGAAUCCUGACAUUUUGUUCUUGUUGAUAUUUAAUGCAUUCAGUUUUCUGUUGGCUAAAUGUAAUCCUUAAUAUAAAAAAAAAAAUCUAAUUAACAUUUAAGAAAAAAACACAUUUCAUGUACAUAUACACAGACACAGAAAAUGUGUCAUGACCUUCUGAAUUAAUUUCUAAAUACAAUGCUAAUUAUGGAGGGGCCCUAAUGCCUUUCUGCACAAAGGCAAAGGACCUGGAAUAACACAACACUGUACAGAGUGGGAAGCUGAACCAGAAUCCCAAAGCCCAGCAGAAGAGGGAAGGGUGCCCAUCGAGAGUUUUGUUCAGGCUCACAUCAGAAAAGGGAGGCGCAGAAGAAGAGCUUUAUAAAACCACUGCUUUGUCUUGCGGAACACCAAGGGCAGAGUUGUGGGCAGCACUGCAGCACAGGAGGUAGCACAGCUUCGUCCCUGUUCUACAGACGUGGCACCAGGAAAAACUUUGUUCUCCUUUAUAUUCAAAAUGAUGUGGCUGUUUACCUAUACACAGCAAGAAGCAUUUACUACAAAACAGAAAAUUGUUUUCCCUCCUCUUCCUCGCUAGCAUUCUGUUACUACUUCAGGUAGUUAAAUCACUCAUUUGCCUUUUUACAUUUACAUAGCU